AUGGGCACUGGACCUUUACAGCAGCUGCAGGAUGCCGGCACAGUUCUGAUUGCUGAUACCGCCGACUUUGACAAAAUCUCUCAGUUCAACGCCUCUGAGGGAACAACUAACCCAAGUCUCCUUUACUCAGCAGCACAAAAUACAUCAUACGCUACACUUAUAUCGAACACCAUCGCGUACGCGAAUGCGCUGCCUUCGACCAUCUCGUCCUCUGAGCGCUUGACCGCGGCAGUGGAUCAUCUUGCCGUUCAGUUUGGCACGCGAAUCUUUAAGUUGACUGGCAAAGUCAGCACCGAAGUGGACGUCACUCUCUCUUUCAACACUGCGGCCACUAUCGCCGCAGCUUUGCGCAUCAUCGACCUCUACCAUGAACAGGGUGUACCAAAGAGUCAAGUCCGCAUUAAGAUCAGUGCCACCUGGGAAGGCAUUCAAGCUGCGCGUGUGCUACAGAGAGAGCAUGGCGUGAGCUGCUUGAUUACGGUGGUCUUUGGACUGGUCCAGGCUAUCACUGCAGCCGAGGCCGACGUUGACGCCAUCGCACCGUACGUCGGGCGAAUAACAGACUGGGGAAAGUUGCACGGUAUUGCGAAUGAUUUGGGUGUUGAGACUGUCUCGAAGAUACAAAACUAUCUGAGGAAGUACGGUUUCAAGACCAAGGUGAUGGCUGCCAGUUUCCGCAGCACCAAGCAGAUUCGAGACCUAGCGGGUAUCGAUCUGCUGACAGCUUCGCCGGCAAUUCUUGAGGCUUUGGAACAAGAGUCUGAGCCUGUCGAUCGUAGAUUGACGCUAGAAUCUGCACGGCAUAUGAACCUGCAUAAAUCUUCCUUCAUUAAUGAUGAAUCAGCAUUCAGAUGGGCUUUCAAUAGUGACGAGUGCGCUGUUGAAAAGUCAGCCGAGGCUAUGAGAAAAUUUGGCGAAGACACGGAAAAGCUCAAACUUUUACUGUCAAAGAUGCUCCAGGUGGGAUAUGGCUCGUCGUUCGACGGUGUUGAUGCCGUUCUUUGCCAAAUCGGAAUCGCGGAGGACGGCCACCCUUCUCGACCCCAAUACAUCGACGGUCUAACGGUAGACUGGCCUCUCGAACUUCAACCGUUGAUACUGCGAGCCUUCAACAAUGAUUUGACCAUCUUCGAAAUGACGCGGUUAAACUACGCCGCCGGUGCGCUGUAUGCCGAGGCAGCCAACGACCUCAUUCAGAGAAACAAUCUGAAGCCCGAAGACAUCGAUGUCAUCGGCUACGACGGCCAGACCAUCUACCAAGAGCCGCCAGACCGUGUCAAAGAGAGGGAGUAUGUUCUAAGUGGAAACAAGAGUCUUGUGGACCGCUGGCUAAAAGGAGGAUUUCCUUGCGGCUUCUUUAUUGCCGAAUCCGGUGUCGUCGCCGCUCUAACCGAUGUCGAUACGGUCACCCAGUUUCGACCUCUCGACCACGCCCUUGGUGGUUCUGCCGCACCACUCAUGCAGUACCUCGACUUUGUCGCUUUUCGGAAUGAUGGACCGACGGUCACUCUUAACAUUGGCGGAAUUGCAAACUUGCAACUUGCUAAUGCGGACCGGAGCAAGAUGAUGGCAUUCGACACAGGUCCGGGAAAUGUCAUGAUCGACCACAUCUCCAAAGCUCGCACUGGGAGAGGCUACGACAAAGAUGGCGAGCUUGCAGCGCAAGGAAAGGUCAUCCCCAAACUUCAUGAAGAGCUCCUGCAGCACGACUUCUACACGCGGAAACCACCAAGGUCCGCAUGGCGUCUUGACUUUGGCGCGGCAUAUGCAGAUGCCGUUCUUGAGAGAUACUCCGCGGCAUCCACCGAAGAUCUCCUCGCAACGCUGACACGAUUUACGGCAAUAUCCAUCACGAAGAGCCUGACAGACUUCAUCCUUCCGAAAACGGAGGUUACAAGAGUUGUGGCAUCUGGGGGCGGUACUCGGAACGCGACGCUGAUGAAGAACCUCGGAGAAGAGGUAGAGAAGCACGGGUUGAAGCUCGUGACUAGCGACGAGUUUGGGAUUCCUGCUGCAUACAAGGAAGCCAUCAAGUUUGCUACCCUGGCAUUUGCCAACAAGAGGAGCUUGGCAAACAAUAUUCCAGCUGCAGGGGGUGCUGUGAGAUAUGCUUCUCUUGGAAAACUUAGCCUGGCUCCCCGGAGAGCCAAGAACUCCGAGCCUGUUGUUGGAAGAGACGAGAAGGUGCUGGGAUUAAACGCUGAUGGACAUUAA